GAGCGAUCUUUUUUGUCGUUUUAUUUUGAAAGAGAUUCACCGGACAUGCUCAUAGAUUGACGCUGCGGCGCCGAGAGGAGCUGUGAUUGGGAAUAGGUUGAGAAAGACUGCUUCCCCUGUCGACAGCCUCUCCGCGAGCAGGAGGACGUUUUAAACUUUUCACCUCACAUUUCGCAUCACUUCAUCAGUCUUUUUGUCUUCUUUUAAAGCCGGCUCCGCCUCGGACCAACUUGUCAUGAGCACCGCACGAUAAAGCGUCGGGUUUGGAAGAGGGGAAGAUGCCUCAUGGAUCACUCCAUCACCUCCAGAGCGCCAGUUCAGGGCAUCCCAAACGCCGAAUAACAAAGACAUGCCGAGGUUCAGCGUCAAGUGGAUGGUUGCGGCGCUGCUGAUUCUCGUGGUCGGCGGCGCUUUCUUCUUCUGCGAGUAUCUCAUCUAUUUCCCGACCAUCGUCAAGUGCGCCUGGCCGAGGAUCAGCCAUGCACGGGGCGGAGAGGGCAUCGACGGAUCCGCGGUCCGCGCUAUGGUGCUGUCGGACACCCACCUCCUCGGAGCCGUCGGGGGGCAUUGGUUUGACAAGCUGAGGCGGGAAUGGCAGAUGGAGAGGGCUUUCCAGACCGCUCUGUGGCUGCUCAGGCCCGAAAUCGUGUUUAUUCUCGGGGAUAUCUUCGACGAAGGCAAGUGGAGCUCGCAGAAGCACUGGGAGGACGACGUGCGGCGCUUCCACAGGAUGUUCCGACACUCCACCGACACCGAACUGGUCGUACUGGUCGGGAAUCACGACAUCGGCUUCCAUUAUGAGAUGGACUGGUUCAAGCUGCAGCGCUUCGAGAAGGUCUUCAACGCCUCGUCCACCAGGGUCGUCACCAAGAAGGGAGUCAAUUUCCUGCUGGUGAACAGCGUGGCCCUGCACGGCGACGGGUGUCCCAUCUGCCAGUCGGUGGAGAAGGAGCUGAUCAAACUCUCCAGAGACCUCAACUGUUCUCUUCAGAACUCGCAGUCGACCAGCGGGGCGACGGACGGCUGCGAGGGCUCGAAGGUCUACCCUCCCACACCGCCCAUCAUGUUACAGCACUACCCUCUGUACAGAGUGAGCGACGCCGGCUGCACAGGACUGGACGCUGCGCCGCCUGAAGAGCGACACCUGCUGUUCAGAGAGAAGUAUGACGUGUUGUCAAAGGAGGCCUCGCAGAAGCUGCUACAGUGGUUUAAGCCCCGUCUCAUCCUGAGUGGACACACCCACAGUGGAUGUGAGGUUCUCCAUGACAACAAGUACCCGGAAAUCAGCGUGCCGUCCUUCAGCUGGAGGAACAGGAACAACCCGAGCUUCAUCCUGGCGUCGGUGUCGCCCGGCAGCUACGCUCUGUCCAAGUGUUUCCUGCCGGAGGAGAGCACGGUGAUCAGCGUUUACUGCACGGCCGGCGCCUGCCUGCUGCUGCUCUUCCUGGCUCACUGUCUGUGGAUGAAGGGCCUGCUGCAGUGCCUCAGCCUCUGCCUGCUGGGGAAGCACAAGUCUCUGUGAACUGCAUUACCCAGAGUGCACCAUGGAGCAGAAAUACUUGUUAAAUACUUGAUGUGAGGACGCGCAAACGUUCCUCCUCAGGACGGGUCCAAAAUCUGUUCGUCGGUUUGUUUGUCCAAACUGUCCUGCAGCACUGUGAAGGUCAUGAAUGUAUAUUUUAAUUGUCUUUGAAAAGGGACUUUGGAAGUUUUAUUUCUGCUGGCGGUGACGGUGGUGUUUGUUUUACCCUCCCUGGGAGCGCCGGAGGGGCGGGUGGAGCCGAUCGCCAUGUGAAAAUUAAGCGUGAAGUGACUGAAUUGUUGAAUUAUUUUAAAGUGCACACACGUGGCAUUAAGUGAGACAAAUCAAACAGGUACAUAUGUAAAUAGUAACUGAUUUGAGGUGAAGUCAGGUGGUGGUUCUUGUCUUUUCACUCUGAUGUUAAACUGAUCAUCUGUUUGUUCCUGUCGUUGACGUCCGAUGCUCCAUCCGGGUUUUCUCGUUUUUAUGACGCGUAUCUGAAUAAGCUGAACAUAUUUAUUUCUGACUUUCUGUGCCAAAUGUUUGUGAGGGGUUUUUUUUUGCCAAAAUUGUCAAAAUGUUUCUGACAAAGUGUACAUAAUAAAUCAGAAUCUCAAGGUCCG